AACCACAAGAUAACUCUUUGCGCCUUCAUUUUUUAAAUUUGCCGCUUUUUUCUAAUGACGAAAAUAGGUUGACAGAGUAUACUUGCACUAUACCGUCCGAUAUAAAAUAUGUAGUAUAACAUAAAUCCUCUUUAGCUCAAGCGGAUAAAAUUUAAGAAGAAAAUACUCUGUCUAAAGAUAACAUUAUUUGGACAGAAGCCAAAAUAAUGAUGUGAUUUCGGCUGUCAAAAUUCAAUAUUUUAAUUAAAUUAAAAUCUUAAAAAAAUAAUAAAGUGAUAUGAAAUGAAAAGACAUAAAUUUUACGUGGUAUCUAAUGUUUAACCCAGUGGGUGUAGACGUAGAUAGCUACUACACCUUAUUUCUUUUCUGGCUUCAAAUUUUCGGUGUCUAUACGACACUUCUCGUUGUUACUGCACUUAUUGUCAUUUACAUUUUGAGGAAACGUCGCUCAUCAAUCCUGAAAAGCCAGCGCUACGUCCGCGCGCCGCUGUCCGAGUUGGAGUUCAACGUGGCCACCCCCGACCAGACCAAGAGCCGCCGUGUGAGCUUCAGCCGCCGCACCGGCGUGGCAGAGUUUGAGGUCACCGAAGCCACCACCGCUUGGAAGAAUGUGUACGAGGAGCACAACAAGUCCCUGGAGACGUCGGCCAACGAGUCCGGCGUGAAGGCGGCACCGCGUCGCGUGGGGCAUCUCGGAGCGCGCUCUUGUGUCUUCCAGGACGAAGAGGCCGACCUCAUCGACGUCUCCGAGCCGCGGGCCCCGCCCACUGCGCAGCUGGACGAACUGCCCGCCAACACUAAUACUACACAGCUAUUCCGACUAGACUCGAACCCGGGCCUGCGCGAGCUGACUGACAAGCUGGACGUGGACUUGUCGGCCGUGGCGCCGCUGGCGGACGACCUGGAGCUGCUCGCGCGCGACCUGCAGCGCGGGCCCAAGCGCGCCAACAUCUCCGAAAUCAGCAUCGACGUCGACUUCAACGCCACGCACUUCAGCCUCAAGGUGGACAAUGAUGAUAUGUCCAUCACCGACACGAUCCGGAGCCCCGCUGUCUGUGCGGCUCACAAGCAAGUCGACGAUUGGACGGCAGAUAAAGAAAAUAUAGUUGUGAAUCCGUACAUCGCGCCUCCGCCUGCGGAAUUCUCUUGCGAGGAUAUAUUAGUGUUCGAUGGGAAAAAGUGCAAGUUUCAAUCGAAACUGGAUCAAAGUGCGCCUUUAGUGUCUGAAUCGGGGAAUAUUCCUCCGAAUACCGUGUUUCUUGAUGAUAUGACAGAAACGCAAGCGAUACCCGUGAACAUUUUACAAGAAAAUAUACUAGAUAAGAGUGUUCUCAAUACUGAGCGUAGAAGGACUGUUGUGUUUGGCGAUGAUGGAGAUAUGUCGGUAACUCAGGCCGUUGCUAGUAAUAUUAUAGCCCCGAAAGCUGUACAGGAGGAUAAAGAAAAUCAGAAAACUAUGUAUUUCAAUGAUUUGGCGGAUAUGUCAGUUACACAAGCCCUACCAGCGGAUAUCAUUGAAAAUGAACCCCAGCUCAAAACCAUAUUGUACGAAGACGAUGCACAUAUAUCCAUGACGGAAGCUGUGCCAGCCCGCGUACUCGCGGGGCUUGAAAACCUUGGCCUAGAAAAUAAAAGAAGAACUAUUGUCAAUGAAAACGCCGAUGUUUCCACGACUGGCGUGGUAUCGGGAAGACAUGAAGUAAAGGGUAAUGAAGAUCGGAGAAAAACUAUUGUUUAUGGUAAUGAUGAUGGGAAUGUUUCCAUAACGGGGGUAUUGCCAGCGAAUAUUAUUGAUGAAGCUAAAUUAGCCCCCCAACCAAAUACGGAUCGAAGAAAAACUAUUGUUUAUGGGAAUGAUAACGGCAAUCUGUCUGUAACCGGCGUCUUGCCAACUAAUAUAAUUGAUGAAGCGAAAUUAACACAACUUGAUACAGAUCGCAGAAGAACUGUGGUUUUUGGAAACGAUGAUGGAAAUUUAUCAAUGACUGGUGUAGCACCAGUGAAUAUACUUGAUGGAGCAAAAGUUACUCAAGGACCUAAUACAGAUCGAAGAAAAACCAUAGUUUAUCAUGAUGAUGAUGGAAAUGUCUCUAUGACUGGGGUUCUACCAGCCAAUAUAAUAGAUGAAUCAAAAGUACAACAGCCAAUUGAUCGCAGAAAGACCAUAGUUUACGAUAAUGAUGAUGGGAAUGUGUCUGUAACUGAGGUUCUACCGGCCAAUAUUAUUGAUGAAGCAAAAGUAAGUCAACAAAGUACGGAUCGCAGAAAAACGGUAGUUUUUGAAAACGAUGAUGGAAAUUUAUCUAUGACUGGUGUAGCACCAAUGAAUAUACUUGACGGUGCAAAAGAUCCUAAUACAGACCGCAGAACAACCAUUGUUUAUGGAAAUGAUGGAGGUAAUAUUUCAAUAACUGGGGUAGUACCAGCCAAUAUAUUUGAUGGAUCAAAAGUAACUCAAGAUCCUGGAACAGAUCGUCGAAAAACCAUUGUUUAUAAUAAUGAUGAAGGAAACAUUUCUGUUACUGGGGUAGUGCCAGGUAACAUAUUUGAUGUAGCAAAGGAAAUCCAAGAACCUAAUGCAGAUCGCAGAAAAACCAUACUUCAUGAUAAUGAUGAGGGCAAUAUUUCAGUAACUAGUGUCCCAGUCAAUAUACUUGAUGAAGCAAAACAUUUGCCUACAGAUCCUAGUAAAACUGUAGAAUAUGAUAAAAAUUAUGGUAACGCGGCUGAGCCCGGUGUCUUACUCCCUAUCCUUGAUGAUGGCACAAAUAUGCAACCUGUAAUUGCAGAACGCAGAAAAACAGUAGUUUAUGACGAAGACAAUGGAAAUUUAUCCAUGACUGCUGUAGCACCAGUUAAUAUACUUGAUGGAGCAAACAAACAAAAUACAGAAUAUAAAAAUGUAGUAUAUGCAACUGAUGAUGGAAAUUUGUCUCUAACUGUGGCAGCAUCAGAGUUAUUUGAGGAUGCCAAUGAACAACUCGAUGAACAAGUCAAUGCGCCAAAUAGAGAAUGCAGAAAAACUGUUGUUUAUGGUGAUAAUGAUAACAAUGUACCUGCUAAUAUUAUUGAAGAAGAAGCUAAAUUGAUCCAAUCUCUAAAUGAAGAACACAGAAAAACUACUGUCUAUAGAAAUGAAGAUGUAAACGUAUCUAUGGCUGGAGUGACCCAAGCAAAUAUAAUAGAUGAAGAAAAUGAUAAACAACAGCCUAAAACGAAUCGUGAAAGCAUUGUUUAUGGAAAUAUACCUGUAACAGGAGUUCUGCUUGAUAAAGAAGAUGUCGCAUCCGCAUUAGAAGUUGAAAUGACUCUACCUUCGAAUGCGGAUCGCAGAAAAACCGUUGUUUAUGAAGAAAAUGAUGGAAAUAUGUCUAUUACAGGAGUUAUUCCCAAUAUUAUUGAUGAAGCAAAAUCUACGCAUCCAAUUGAACGCAGGAAAACUGUCGUUUACGAAGACAAUGAUGUUUCAAUGACGGAUAUCGUUCCUGCAAAUAUAAUGCCUGAAGACAACAUCGUAGUACCAGAGACACAAACAAGUUUUAUAUGUGAGAAUACUGAAACUCAAAAGAACGAACUCCAAGUUUUUGAUGAAAAGGUUGAACAGGUUGAAAUGAUAGAGAUAGUUACAAUACCAAAAGUAAUAGAAUCUGAUGAAGUGGGAGACGUUUCUAUGACGCAAGCUGACGGACCACAGUCGCCAAAGAAUCUUUGUUCAACCACAUUAAAUAAGUCAUUGACCAAUCAGGAUAUAACAUCACUCAACGAAUCUUUGGUCGGCCAGAUAAUUUCCGCCAUGGAUAACACAACUCACCAAACAUUUGAUCAGCCUCCGGCCGAUCUCCACUCAGCUACUAUUAACAAGUCUUUGGCUGGCCAGACUUCUACUGUGUUAGAAAAGUCGUUUCCUAGUCAAGAGCAAUCUUUGGCUGGUCAGGUCCUUUCCACCACAUUCAAUAAGGCUGAUGUAACCACAACAUUAGAAAAAUCCCUGGUCGAUCCACAUUCAGCCACAUUUAACAAAUCUUUGGCCAACCAAGAACCAGACAUAAACAAAUCAUUACCUGGCCAAGAAUAUGUAGCCACAUUAAAUAGAUCUUUAGCCGGGCAGAAAUGUCCCACAAUCACUAAAUCUUUAACUGGUCACUCAACAUCAAUGAAUAAAACUUUAACGAGCAAUAUUUUAGUCUACGGUGCCACGACAGGACGUGAAGCUAAGGGCAGUGAGGCUUCAUACUUAGUAGAAGGCUUGAAUUUAGAACACAACCAAUCUCAAGAAUCCUCAAUCAACCCGUCACUUGUCCUAUCUAAAAGUUCCACUGAGCGGUUGGCCAGGUCUCGGGUAGAAGCAGUAAUGACACCACCAAAAGAAUCUGUUCUCGAUGUAUUACUUGAUAUGUCACAGGCUUCAGGAGAAGAUAUAUGGAAACCUCCGAGUAACACUGUAACGGAACCGGUCAGCAAUAUAACUGUAACUGUUACUGAUAGCAUUCCUACCUCUGAAAGCUACAUCUUAGUCAAGGAUGAUGAACCCGAUGAACCAGCGUUAGAAGUCACCGAACCUUUGGCUAUAGAAUACAAAAAGCAAAAGCAUGGUAUAGUGUGUAAGCUUCAACGGAAACUCAGUGAGCUAAAAGACACACUUCUUAUCAAACAGAAAUCUCCUAAAAAAGAAAAAAAUAAGAAUGAAAAUCAGGAUCUGACGCAAAAUACUUCCAAUUUGGAUACUCCUAAAACAACUGAUAGUUUUGAAAAGAGUAAACUGCCGAAACCUUCUUUAAUGUCUCCAAGUUCUCCAAAUAAGGAUGUUCAAGAAAAGAACAAAUCAGUGAAGAUAGAUUUGACUUCUGAAAUGUCUGUAGAUGAGGAAGUAUCUCAGGUAGAAAAUCAGAUACAGGUGGAUCUGACUUCCAUCGAAGACAAGGAGGAAGCGGACACAACUAAAUGCCAAGCCAACGAUACUAAAGCCAUUUUGGAUGCUUUGUCAGACUUUACUGACACUAGACGCUCCGGAGACUUCGAACCGGCUCCAAACCCAGAUAAAACUAGACGCAGCUCCGCUCCAGAUAGAAAAUCCAUGGUCAUAUCAAGGGAAGACCUGCUUCGAGAGAUCUCCAUGGCCCAAGCGCUCAUGAAAACUGAAAUGGCGCAGACGGAGAUAGAGCUAGAUGCGACCGAAGGCAGUUCAGAUGAUCAGGAGCACAGUCCACCGCGUCUAGGCGGGGAGGUCGUCAAAACUCUUCGUUUCGAAGACGACGAGUCCAUACUAGAUUCAAAAAUCCUUCAAAAACCACUAUCACCCGAUUCACCCCCUUUCCGUACUUCCUCAGUCAUACCGACAUACGAAAUCAGCGAUCCGGUGAAAGAGCUCAUGAAGGAUCUUAUAAAACCAUUGGCGGACGUGGAGCAACCUUCCCUGACCGAACCUUGUCAAAGCUCCCAAGCGGACCACUUAGAUUCCAGCCAGAUCGACUUAAUUCCCGCUAAACCUAUUUUAGUAUCUCCUCGCUCCUGCUUAAGAAAGAACGAACAGGAAGUCGCUCACUCAGAAAUGCAUGUAGAAUCACCACGAAGGGAACCGGAACCCGUAAUAGUGUUCGAUCCAAGUAAUCCGCUGAACAAUGUUGUCAUUCCCCCGCUGGACCGGGCGGUGGCCCACAAGUACAACCCGGUGCAGUCCGGGCACAGCCUCAGCCCGAGCCUCCCGAGCAUGGAGAGCCGGUGCUGCCAGACGGACGAGCCGGAGCCGAGGAGCGUGGAGGUGGGGCUGGUGCUGGCGCGGCCCACGGUGGACCGCGGCGUGGCUUCCGGCGUGAAGCUGGGCGGCGGCGUCGUGGACCGCGCCGUCUCGACCAGCGCUACUGUCAAGGAUUGUGAAGUCAACACAACUAUAGUUAUGAAAGGCAACCGCGAGCUGCUAGCGGAGAGCUCGUCGCUCACGCUCGUGGACGACGUGCUGCCGCGCUCGCCCGUGCGAGUCAUCUUCAAGCUGGACGAGCCCGACGAGCCGGAUUCGUCCGUCGUGCUCGACUCGGACCUGUCGUCCGUGCACGACUCGUCCGACAACGGCCGCAAGAGGGGCCAUGUCGCCGCCAAAGGACCGGAGGUAACAUACUCGCUGUCGUAUAUACACGACUCGUCCGUCGUGCUCGACUCGGACCUGUCGUCCGUGCACGACUCGUCCGACAACGGCCGCAAGAGGGGCCAUGUCGCCGCCAAAGGACCGGAGGUAACAUACUCGCUGUCGUAUAUACACGUAUAUACACGACUCGUCCGUCGUGCUCGACUCGGACCUGUCGUCCGUGCACGACUCGUCCGACAACGGCCGCAAGAGGGGCCAUGUCGCCGCCAAAGGACCGGAGGUAACAUACUCGCUGUCGUAUAUACACGUAUAUACACGACUCGUCCGUCGUGCUCGACUCGGACCUGUCGUCCGUGCACGACUCGUCCGACAACGGCCGCAAGAGGGGCCAUGUCGCCGCCAAAGGACCGGAGUGCCUUCUCCAUCCGGAAGGUGACGCCGAAGCCCGCCAUGAAGGUGCAGAAGGUGUCCAACAGCACCAAGGUGUCCAGGAGACCGAGAAGCCAGUCUCCCAGAGGGAACGAAAUCAAGGAUAAUAGUCCGUCUAGCAGAGGGUCCUCGGUGACGGUGGCGCAGCUGUACGCGUGCGCGCGCGGCGCGGCGUCCGCCUCGAUGAAAGGCAUCAUCAUUAUGACGAAAGCUUGUCUCACUCCCCGCUUUGUUCAUGUCGUUAGUUUAUCUUUUAAUUUAAGAUAUGUGUUAAAUAUCCAAACGGUGUCGCCAUCUACUCGAGAAUAUGCUGAAGGUAUAUCGCCAUCUAUUCGAGCUUACAUUUUUGAUUGUUUUAAGGCACUUUUUUUUCUUAGACUUGAUUUAUGUUAUACGGAGUUAUAUAUGUCAGUGUCCGACUGGCGCCCGGAGCUGCUGCACGAGGCGAGCUCCAAGAACCUGGUCGCCGAGCAGGAGUCCGGCGUCAACGUGGUGGCCAAGAUCGACGUGCUGCCCUUCAUGGGCACGUCGGAGUGCGAGUGGGAAUCCCGCGCGGCCGACACUUGGACGUUCCGACUGCUGCGCGCGCAACUACGACUGCUGAUACGACUAGAACAUAGAGCGACUAACACGACCAGGGUGCUAGUGCGGGCCGACACGCCCGUCAGACUAGUGACGGUACAACAUGUCGCCGUCGACCAAGGUAGGACACACCUGGUGCUAGUGCGGGCCGACACGCCCGUCAGACUAGUGACGCUACUACGACUAGAACAUCGAGCGACUAACACGACCAGGGUGCUAGUGCGGGCCGACACGCCCGUCAGACUAGUGACGGUACAACAUGUCGCCGUCGACCAAGAUCGCACGGAGCCAGUGGCGGCACUGUGCCUCUGCCUCGCGGCGGAGGCGAUGCGCCGCCUGUGCGGGCGCGGCGUGGCGCGCGCCGGCGCGGUGCCGGCGCUGCUGCGGCGCUGCGCCGCCGUCGCGCGGGUGGCGCUGCACUGGGGGCGCUGCAUGCGGCAGGCGAGCGCCGCACUCGCCUUCUCGCUCUCCGAGGACGGCUGUCUCUCUCUCAAGGUGGCGAACAUCCCGCUGCGCUCCAUCUGGGAGAUCACGCUCCGCAUCUCGCUGCUGGACGACGGGCGCGGGGCGCCGCACCCGCGCGCCGCCGGCGUGGCCGUGGCGCCCGUCGUGGCCGCCUGGGCGCCCGGCGCGGCCGAGCUGCGCGCCCUGCUGCACGCCGUGCCCGAGGACUGGGGGCACGUGCCGCGCACUGUGUGGAAACUAUUCAAAUACCUGAAGAACAAGAGGCCAGAAGACGACCUGCUCGUCAUGUAACAACAUCACUUACACAUCCACACAGCCAUACCACAACACACCGCAUUCACACUAGACCGCGGUUCAGAAACUGAUUUCCGUGACCAAAAGCAUCCCGGGCGUAUUUUUCUCAACCACCAACGAAGCGUCAGCUGACGUCCACGAGGACUCUUUACACAGCGCCAGGAGUUAACGCCCGGGAUGCGAUGCCGAACGAAAUUAGCACCUGGCCCGCGGCCUAUAUAUACACAUAUGUGGGUCACAUGGAAAGUUUCUAGAAUGAACCACUGAGAGAUCAUGUAACCAGCUAAAGGGUGGAUCAACUUUUUAGCGUUACUCAUUGCCAUGGUUACGUUUUUUUGUCCCAUGGACAACCACUCUUGAGAUCCUAAUUUUGUGGUAUUUUAAUGUAUGAAACAUGCAGUUUUAUGACAUUUCUAUAACAGGCCAUCCACUGAGCACACUUCGAACAAACUGUGCCAAUAUUGUCCCUUGGACAACCAGACAGAAAACACAAAAAAAGUUGAUUCGCCCUAAAAUGCAGCGAAAAGUUUUAUCAUGUAGCCAUUGUAACAGACUAUAAGAUUAGCCAAAAUCGACGCAGUAAUUUUCACGCUACGUUGGUACACGACCAUAACAUACCCACAUACAUAAGUAUUCAUUUAGAUUUAAAAACUUAGUGCUAUAAACUUAAGCGCAAGAUUUGAGCUGCGACCGCAAGACUGAUUGUUAAUAGACUUUAAUACUAACACUAACGAGCCGAGGUUUUCCCGAGGGGCUGUUAAACGUCCCACUUUGUCGCUUGCCAGAAGAACGAGAUCUCCUUGUAUCUUUAUAUAAAUAACCUGUCAAGGCGUCCUUAUGACAAGUGACAAGGUGGGAUGAUUUGCCGGCUGCAGUUUUUCUUACUUAAGGGUAGAAGCGGGUCAAAAACUGGCAAUAAUAGGGGCUCCCCGCAAUUUUCAUAGAUUUUUGACGAGUUUUGAGUCGUUACUCCUACAUUAGCACUAUAGAUAGACUUAUAAGACAAACAGCUAUCGGUUCUUCAAUCUUUUAUCUCUAUUCUGGUCUGCCGGAUUUUGAAAGAAAUGAACACUUCUUUUUUUAUGUAUUUUUUAAAAUAUUGUCUAUAAAAACACUUUUUUCGUUACUCGCAAUCGAGUCAAGGAUUUUACAUGUACGAAAUCUACACACUCGGGUUCGUCUUUGACGUCUCUAGAAACUGGUCAGAGAUUUUAAUUUUAAACUAAUAAACACAAAAGUUAUGGCCAGAAAACCAAUUUUUUGGCCUAAAAUUGUUCAACUUUGAUGCCAAAUAUCUCGAAGACAAUGAACUUUGUAGUAAAUAUGGGAUACUAUCGAGGUUUACCCGAGGGGCUACAGUAUGGUGUUCUUCAAAAAAGGAGUGUACAGGUUUUUAAAGGGUCGGCAACGCGCAUGUAAUAUAUCUGGUGUUGCAGGUGGCCAUAGGCUACGGUGACUGCUUACCAUCAGGCGGGCCGUAUGCUUGUUAUAUAAAAAAAAACUAUAUUGCUUAAGGCCGUUGUUGUUAAUAUAAAAAAUAUUAGAAAACUAAAGGAUUCAGAUCGAAGGUCAUUGGCGCCAGAGAGCCCCUUAAGUAAUAAAUGAUUGACGCCUAUGGAAAUAGUUUCUGUCCCGGGGAAAGACGUAGGAUAGUUUUUAUCGAUCAUCAUUAUCAUCAUCAUCAUCCGAUGCAGUAUUUCUCUGAAAACCUUUCCAAUUUGUUGGUUCUAUUACGUGACUAUUAAUUCACUAUUGUUAGCUGGGGUGUUGUAUAUUUAUUUUUACAGUAGGGUCAAGGAGGGAACAGUGGCUCGUUAGAAAAUAGCCGGGUACAGUGGCUCAAGCCAUAUAUUUGUGUGGUAGAGCACAGCACAGCGGAUGUCAUUCCAGAUCUAGAGCAGAGCCCAACUGGGGAAGUACCUCCACCUUACUCAGUGUUGUGUUCCUGCCGGUGAAUAAGGUUGCCAGACAUCAAUGAGGGGGGGGGGGGGGGGGUUUAGGGUCGGCAACGCGCAUGUAACUCCUCUGGAGUUGCAGGCGUACAUAGGCUACGGAGACUGCUUACCAUCAGGCGGGCCGUAUGCUUGUUUGCCACCGACGUAGUAUAAAAAAGUCACUGUUCCCUCCUUGACCCUACAUAUGGUGACAGACUAAGAUAACUAAGAUAAGUUGACAGCGAUGUUGACAGCCCAGACGGUGCAAAUGUUAUUUUAAACGUCAUUCUUCUAUGAAAUUAUUAUGUUUACUAGGCUGGGCUAUCAAAAUCGCUGCCAACUUAGCUUGGUCUGACUACUUUCCCGCACUAGUGCGGGAAUGAGCACUUUUCGUGCCUAUGUCGAAAGUUGAAAGGGCCAUAUGUACUCGAAACGUACGAUAUACGUGCGAAUAGGUAAUUCGCAACUCGUGUGGAUUUCAAACACCCUUCAGUAGGGCUAAGAUGGUCGUCUCUUUAUCAUUUGUCACCAUACCUGUCACGUUCUAACAAAUAUGUAAGCGCGAAAGUGACGGGCACAGUGACAAGUGAUAAAAAUGGAACCAUAAUACCGCCGCAGUUCGGUUUUAAUUUAUCGACACUCGUUGCGAAUUGCCUACUUUCCGCAUUUAUAUCGUAAAUAACUAUAGGGACCGUGCGCGUUGGAGGGUCUGCCAUCUUGUGCUCUGAAUCGGAACCAUAAACGGGCACAUAUACACGUCAAGUGUUUUCUUGUGCAUAGUAGGUUCUGCCAUCUUGUGGGCUACAUCGGAACAAAAAACAUCACAUUUACGCCUCGCGCCAAAAAUCUGACGGCUCCUGUGCUGCCUCCUAUAGUUCAUGCACGCUCCCUAUUGUAUGUGCGUGACGUACCGCAUGGAAUCAAAGGCUUAUUAUAAAUAAAAUUUACUUUUAAAAUAAUAGGAACCAGGAUGUAGCGUUCAUGAACAUGCGAGAUCAUAUAUGUAGUUGGAUACUACGAAAUAAACAAAGGUAAUUUUGUAUUCUAUAUUGAAUUGUGUUUUAUUCGUGCAUUUAUUAUGUUGAAUUUUGAUAUGAGAAAUAUAUUGUGUGAACGUAA